ACCAUCCAUCCAUUCAUCCAUCCAGCUGCCUACGCAGCGCUGCCAUCCUCUCCUCCCCUCUUACCUCCUCACACGCCCGCUGGCACGGCUCCCUCUCUUUCUCAUCCAGACGGUGCAUCUCCAUCUCGCUUCGUCCGACCUUUACAUCCCCCACCGCCGCAGCCCGAGACCGCCUUCCGGCAUCACGCCGCCCGCCCUUUCCGUUAUCGUCUCACCAAGCGCCAGCGACGCCGCACGCGACCGUGUUUUUUCGACUCGCUGCUACGCGUCGAGCAUCGGCGAACCCGUCACGUUUUCUUUUUUCCUUUUCUGAGCAGUGCCGGACGAGGCGGGAUUUGGCUACGACGAAUCACAUUGCUUGCCCCCGGCGUUGCAGGGGUCUCCCGACCGAUCGUGCCGCUUGCCCCUCCACAUAUCGACCUCGACCUUGCCUAUCCUCCGCUGACCGAACGACUCGGGGCGCGCGCCAGGCUCGGAUCCUCCGCAACGGGAUCCUUCCACCACCCGCGUGCCUGCGUGUUCUGUUGCGACACAAUUGGAUGGAUGGUUGCCUUCACUCCAGCGCUGAGACUCAACCAACAGGCCACCACCCUUCGCGCCAGGCACUCGACCACGCGGAGACCGUGCGCUGCGGCGCCUCCGACCCCAAUCUUCCUACUUCCCGAUCCCGCGCGCGCAGACCAGGCCAGGCCAGGGCAUGAAAACUCGUUACCCACCGUCCUCACAUCCGUCGACUCCGCCGCCGCCGCCGCGAGGUGAGCGCACUCUCGCAGGUAGCCAGCCGUGCCACCGCGGGUGCUUGCGUUGCCCGUCGAGGUAGCUGGCGCUUACCGAUUCGAGCGCCGCGCCCGGCCACGAGCUCACACACGCUCGAGACGUUCCGAAGCGACUUUUUCGCGACACCGGCUGGACCGUGCCAAAACAUCUACCCCUAAGAAUAGCCCGCCCGGCAGCGAAUUGACUUUCGCUCCCGGGGCCAGGGGCGAUCGUCGUCAGCUGUCAACGACUGUAUCGAGCCCCUCCCCGACCGACUCUCUUCUCCUUCCCUUCUCGCCUCGCCAGCAUUGCCUUGCCGACCAUGAGGCGCGGUCGCUCUCCCGGUUCGGCGUCGCCCUACCGGGCCCUCGCCCAUCACCAGCAAGCUGCGUCUCCCGCGACUUUGACCGACCCGACAUCCCUCAUCCGCUCUUUCGACGUCGACACCAACCCGGCUCGCCCGGUACGGCCCUCACCUCUCGCUGCCUCGACCAUUCGGGACAUGCCGCUAGACCUGGUGCAGCGCAUUCGGUCGUUCCCAUUGUUCCAAUCCGCUCCGGAGGAUUUCCUCGUCGCCAUCGGCAGCCAUCUAAAACCCCAGAUCCACGGUCCCAACGACCACAUCAUUACCGAGGGCGAUGAGGCCAAGGCUAUGUACUGGCUUGUGCGUGGCGUUGUCGCCGUCACGUCUCGCGAUGGUGAGGCUGUGUACGCGGAACUCAAGUCGGGCGCCUUUUUCGGUGAGAUUGGUGUUCUCAUGGACAUGCCCCGGACGGCAACCAUUGUCGCCCGGACCAAAUGCCUCCUGGUCGUCCUUAAGAAGGAGGACUUGCAGCUGGUCAUGCCCACGUUCCCCGACAUGCAGCGCGCCAUCCUCGAGGAGGCUCAAGAGCGGCUCACGCUGCUAAAAAAGAAGCGACUCGAGGGCGGCGUCAGUACAAAGUCACCCAUGGGUGACCUUGCGUCGCGAGCCGCCGCCCCGGGCGAGGUGUCCAAAGGCGAAAGCGGCGCGAUCAAGGACGGCGCCGUCAUCAACUCCAAAAAGCGCAAAUCACCCAGCCCCGGCAUUAUUGAGGACCCUGCCGCAGGUAGUGCUAUCGGCAGCGGGUUUGUGAACAUUAGGAAGACACUUAAGGAGCUACCCUUGUUCUCGACGCUGCCGCCCGAUAUCCUUCACUUCCUGGGGCUCAGCGUGCAGCCCAAGACUUACCCUCCGUUCACAGACAUCGUCAGGCAAGGAAGCCCGGGCAACGAAAUCUACUUUAUUGUCCAGGGAGAGGCCGAGGUGAUCCACGAGACGCCUCUAGAGCGCCACCAGCAGCAGCCAAGAGGGAAUUCCAUCUACUCUAGACCACGUCUCAAGUCCGGGCAGUAUUUUGGUGAGGUGGCGAGUCUUGGGCUUUCUCCCGGCCGGACGGCGACAGUUCGAUCAAUAACAACGGUCGAGUGCCUGAUGGUCCCCGGUGAUGCCCUGGAGGAGCUGUGGCAACGAUGUCCGCCAGAUAUCCGUUCACAGGUAGAGCGUACCGCAAGAAUACGAUUCGAGAGCCAUCCCGGGGACGAGGAUGUCGACAUGGCAGACGCCGGAACGAGCGGGAAAUCGGCUUCGGAUCCUGUAACGCCCUCGACGGCGCCCCGAGGGCCGCUGCCCAACCUCACCUUCACCACCCCGUCGAUGCCGGCCUCGCCCAGCAAAGAUGACUCAGACAUCAUGGAGCCGAAAGAUCCCGACCCCUUCUUGAGCGUCAACAUGGAGAAUUUGCGGAACCGCCGACGGCACUCCAUUGCGCCUCCGGCACCACAGACGGACUCGAGUGGCCUGCAACACGGUGGACGUUCGCUGAUCGAUACCAGCCCCGUAAGGUUUCCCGUCGCCCCCUCCCCACCGGACACAGACGUCCGCGUGAAGCGUGCCAAGACGCUGCCCCGGCGGCCGCAGACUCAGCGCUCGAGCGUUGCCUUGCCCGAUACCAUCGUGGUGAAAAUCUUCAAACACCUAGACAUAGGGGAGCUCAUGAAAAUGCGCAUCGUUAGCAGGCAUUGGCGCGAGAUGCUGUCCACAUCACCUGACGUGUGCAACAACGUGAACCUCUCGCGCUACAGCCGCUCCGUGAGUGACGAGGUCAUCGUCCGAUACCUCGGCCCGUUUAUUGGGGGUCGGGCCGUCACUGUGGAUCUCAACAACUGCUUCCACAUUACGGACGAGGGGUUCUCAGCGCUCUGGAAGCAUUGCGGCAAGAAUGUCAAGCAGUGGCGCAUGAGGUCGGUAUGGGACGUCUCCGCGAAUCAGAUACUCGAGAUGAGCGAAAACUCCAAGGCCCUAGAGGAGGUCGACUGGAGCAACUGCCGUAAGGUUGGCGACAAUCUCCUCGGCCGAGUCGUCGGCUGGGUCGUGGCGGGAUCUCCGUCGACGAGCAAGAGCGUGGUCAUCUCGUCGAGCCACGCCAGGGACAAGAAGCACACGAAGAAGGACGAGUCGAAGCAUGCGGCGGUGGUGCCUGGAACAGUGUUUGGGUGUCCGAGACUGAAGAAGCUGAACCUUUCGUAUUGCAAACAUAUUACGGACCGCUCGAUGGCUCAUCUUGCCGCCCACGCGGCCAACCGACUCCAGUCGCUCUCUCUUACACGGUGCACGUCCAUCACGGACGCCGGGUUCCAGACUUGGGCGCAACACAGGUUCGAAAAGCUGACGGACCUCUGCUUGGCGGACUGCACCUACCUCUCAGACCACGCCAUCGUGGCACUCGUCAACGCGGCCAAGAACCUGACGCACCUUGACCUCUCGUUCUGUUGCGCUCUGUCCGACACGUCGACCGAGGUGGUGGCCCUGGGGCUGCCAAGGCUUAAGGAACUACGGCUCGCGUUUUGCGGCAGCGCCGUGAGCGACAGCAGCUUGGAGAGCAUCGCGCUACAUCUCAACGAGCUAGAGGGCCUUAGCGUCCGUGGCUGCGUUAGAGUCACAGGCACAGGCUUGGAGAAUAUCCUGCGCGGCUGCUUGCGUCUCAAGUGGACGGACGUCAGCCAAUGCCGCAACCUGGAUGCUUGGCUCCGGACAGGGAGCUUGGCAAAAUGGGGCUACGACGAUCGCGCGGCGAAGCCUAUCCUGUCGAUGGGCCUGUCCCCGGCGCUCCUGCAAGAAGGCAUCGGCGAAAUACCGGUCCCAAAGACGAUGAGCGUCGCGAUGCUCACCACGCCGAGCUUCAUGCCACGGUCGAGUCUGGGAUUCCUGGGCCGCCGAACGAAGCAGCCUGUGCGCUUCAUCGUGGAGAAGGGAACCGAGGGAUUGAGAUGAUGACGGCAUUUGGAGUUUACAUGUGGGUGGCUUGCAUUUGCAGAGCACUUGGAGUCUUUGUUGUAAGGCGUUUGCGCGCAGGUACUUUGAGCGACAAUCGGCGUUGCGGGAAAGGGGUGAUAUUCGCAUGGUCUAGUGGAUUAGAAGGGGACAACGAGACAUGAUACCCUGCUGCCGACAGGACCGAAUGCGCGCAAUGGGCGUUGCAGAUGCGUCGCUGUGGGCGAGACUGUAUGCUACAACUCUGGUGAGGGGAGCAAAAGGUCAUGGCUCCAAAGUAACGGGUUUCUAGGUCUAGCAAGACCAGCCACUAAUGCAAACACUGUCGAUG